AUGUGUGAUGCAUUUGGUACGAGCGCCGAGACAUUGGACAUUUUAUUAACACGUGGGAUCAUCAAUUGGGGAAGACCGGUGGCUGAAAUUCUUGCUGAUGGCAGUCUGUGCGUUCAACAAGCUCGAGAGACCGAAGGCUCUGCGCUUGUAUCCGUCCUCUUGGAGGGACCACCGAACAGUGGAAAAACAGCACUUGCCGCACAGAUUGCGAAGAAUUCAGACUUUCCAUUUGUCAAAGUGUGUACGCCUGAGGACAUGGUCGGCUUUAUUGAAUCUGCAAAGUGUCUUUCGAUUCGGAAGACACCCAAUAUAGAAAGUCUGCUCGAUUAUGGCCCAAUUGGGCCAAAAUAUUCCAAUCUGGUAUUGCAAGCGCUUCAAGUGCUAUUGGGAAAACUGCCGCCACCUGGUCAUAAACUGUUAAUUUUGUGCACUUCCAGCUGCAGACAAACUUUGAAGGAUUUGAGAUUACUCUCAGCAUUCAAUACCAUCCUGCACGUGCCUAAUUUAUCGACCCCUGAUCAUUUGCUAAAUGUACUAGAAGUUGAUCUCUUUAACGACCAUGAAAUGUCUUCCUUACAUGGAAAGCUUCAAGGGAAACGAGUAUUUAUUGGUAUUAGGAAUUUGCUGUAUCUGAUAGACAUGGCACGCCAAGUGGAACCAAGUUACAGACUCGUCGAAUUCUUGUCGAAACUGGAAGAAGAGGGUGAUUCAGAAUAAAACGUAGCAACCCGUUUCGGGUUGCGCCAGCUUUCGAAGGUUACAAGGAGAGCGUAAUGGCGCGGGAGUUUUCUUUUUAUGUUUCAUGCCUUUGUUCAUUGCGUGCCUUUUCUCACUUCCGUUUCGUUGUUCGCACGAUUGCGUUAUUGAAGAAGUUUCUUUUGCGUUUUGUUAUAGCGCGUUGUAUCGAUACAUAUUCUUCGAGUUCAUAAUAAACUUUUGUACAAGUG